AUCUUCUACCUCAGUUUUCUUCUUUAUGGGAUCAACAAAAAGUCUGCCCUCUCUCUCUCUCUCUCUCUCUGUACUUCCCAAAGAUCUCUGCUCCCUAAAGCUUAAACCUUUACAUCUUUUUCUCUUCAGUUAAAACCCUUCAAGACUCUGUUCGAACACUCUGUUUUUUCUCAUAAAAGGUCUGACCUUUACCGUCUUUUUGGCGGUUUCGUGGCACAAGAACAAAUGGGUUCCCCUGUUUCACUCUGCGACGGCGGCUUAGAUGCGCCACGGCUUGUAAUCGCGAAGUCAAACGGAGAUCUGUCGUCGAGAGAGACCACGGAGGAAGAGGACUUCGCUGUGUUCUCAGGCGAGGAAGAGGAGUGGUGUGGAGAGAAUCGUUUCUGUUUUUACUUUGUUAAGCAAUUUGCUUACGAUGACCCUGAGAUUAAGGCUAAGAUUGAUGAAGCUGAUAAUGAGAUUUAUAAUUGUAAUAGUGAGAGGAUUCACAUUUCUAACAGAUUAAAAGCUAUAAGGGCUGAGAGGUUGUCUAUGGAGAAUGUAAUGAAGGAUCAAGAAGUUAACAGUUUGAGUGAGAGGUUAAAUGAGAUUAAGAUGGAGAUGGAGUUGUUGGAAGCUCAAAUGGGUUGUGUACUUGAUCAAAGAGACAGAGCCUUUGAAAGGAUUAAGUUUUUGAGGAUACAAAGAGACAAAGGGAAUGCUGCCUUUUUUCAGAGCCGUGUUGUCAUGAAGAAGGCUGUAGAGUUAGCUGCUUCUGGAAAUGUUAGAGAUCUUGAAGAGCUAGCGAACUCCGAGGUUGAUAAAUUUAUGUCUCGUUGGAACAAUGACAAAGGUUUUAGAGAUGAUUACAAGAAAAGAAUCUUGCCUUCACUUGAGGAGCGAAAGCUAAGGCGAGAUGAACGGGUUAGGAGCUCAGAAGGGAGUGUAGAUACUGAGAAUAGAGAUGAAACAGCAAUAGAACUCAAGAGGUUUAGUACUGAGGAGGAGGAGGAGAGUGACGAGAAGCUUGAAAAGGAGGAAGAGGAGAUUGUUGAUAAAGAGACCUUGAAGGAAAAGAAACGAGAAGAGCAGUUAGAGAAAGCUCGGCUAGCAAUGGAAAGGAAGAGGAAGCUACAUGAGAAAGCUGCUGCUAAAGCUGCCAUUAGAGUUAAGAAGGAAGCUGAGAAGAAACUCAAGGAGCUUGAGAAGAGAGCAAAGAAGAAGAAGAAGGCUUCUUCUAACUCUUCUACACCAUCAGAUCUAGAGAAAACACCAGAGACAGUCACUGAGGGAUCAGAGCCAGAGAAGACAGGGAAGGAGAAACCGCUAAAUGGGAGAUCGGUGAGUUGGAAACAGAGAAGUUUUUUAAGGUACAGACAUCACAAGAAAGGAAAUGAGACUGUUCCUAAAGCCAUAUUAAAGCGUAGAAGAGCUUACAGGUUAUGGGUUUGGAGUGUUUCCUCUGCUGCAGUUGCACUCCCUCUCGCUCUCCUCAUAGUCUUCUUUUACCUUCGAUAAGUUAGAUUAGAAGCAGAUGGGAUUUGGCAAUAACGCUGUCUUGUUUUGGUGUCAUAAAAUUUCAGAGUAGUCAAGAUAUUUGCCUUCAUCGAGAGUUAAGAGGUCUCUCCAUGGAUGCAAAUGUCUUGACCAUCUUGAAGUUCAUGAUUCUAAACACAAGACACUUCAUAGUUUAUAUUUUUGUUGACUUUAGGAAAACCAAGAAGCACUCUCUUAGUGGUGACUUAUAUUGUAUAUACAUGGAAGAGAUAUCAUGAAGAAUCUUUUACAUAAACAGAACUUGUGUAUUGACACCACUUAUUACAGCAGCAAAGGUCUCUUGUCUCGUAAUGAGAUUGAAAAAUGUGAAAUA